UCACACCUCAGAUUUUAUCUGAGUUCUGAGCAAUUUAGCAGUGACGUUCAGAAGUGUCAUAUGUGUUUCUCGCGUUCUUUUUUAGCCUUCACGUUUUUAAUCGCAACGCUGAGUGUUUUCUCCUUGACUUUCAUAUGUAACUGCAGUUAAAGAUACGAGCAUUGUUCUCGAGAAAUCAUAGACAUCUGUAAUACAAUUAACAUGUCUGCUCUUCAAAAAUCAAUUUUAAAAUCCAGACUACCACCAUCGGCUGUCAAUUUUUCAGCAUUAAAUUCCAGGAUUAACAAAUUGAAAGGAGCUCAACGAAAAAGAGACUAUGAUCCAGUACAGUGGAAUCCAUACUUUGAUUAUUCUAAAGAUGUAUUGGUGGGGCAGAAUACUUUUCAUGUUUAUAUCAAAGGCACAGAAGGGCCCUUGUUAGUUUUAUUACAUGGUGGUGGUUACAGUGGUUUAACAUGGGCAGAACUUACAAAAUCUAUUAUGACAAUGGUGUUAUGUAGAGUUAUGGCAAUUGAUCUUAGAGGUCAUGGGGAUACUUAUACUACAAAUGAUGAGGAUUUGUCUGUGGAUACUUUAGCAUCGGAUGUUGCAGCUGUUGUAGAUAUAAUUGAACCUGAAACUCCAAUAAUACUAGUUGGUCACAGCAUGGGUGGAGCAGUAGCUGUAAGAGCAGCUCAACUAAUUCCAAAUUUAUAUGGAUUAGGAGUUAUAGAUGUUGUAGAAGGCACAGCAAUGGACGCGUUAGCUUCCAUGCAAAGCUUUUUAAGAUCUCGACCGUCUAGUUUUAGCACCAUAUCACAAGCUAUAGAAUGGUGUGUGCGUAGUGGACAGAUUCGUAACAUACAGUCUGCGAAGGUUUCGGUUCCUGGACAGAUAAAAAACAUUGAAACUAGCAAAUUAGCAACUCAUGAUAUUGAUACAUUGUCAACCCAAUACACGUGUGAAUCUAAUCCAGAACCAGUUAUACCACGAGAUGAUAUUAUCCAAGAAGAAGAUUCGUCCAGUAUGCCGCCACCUGUGUCUCCUACUGUUCCUGCCAACAGAAAGUACGUAUGGAGAAUAGAUUUGGCAAAGACAGAGCAACACUGGUUUGGCUGGUUUAAAGGAUUGUCGACGGCAUUUUUGAAUGUUUCGGCACCAAAAAUGUUGUUAUUAGCAGGAGUUGAUAGACUAGAUCGCGAGCUUACCGUAGGACAGAUGCAAGGUAAAUUUCAAAUGCAAGUACUGCCUGCGUGUGGGCACGCGGUUCACGAAGAUGUGCCGGAUAAAGUGGCAGAAGCUAUAGCUACAUUCAUGGUUAGGCAUAAGUUCGCGGAGCCAGCAUCGGAUUUUCCACGGACUUUUCCGGCGUGUUAAGAAAGUUUAUAAUGCAAACUCAUUGAACAAUGUGAAGAAUUUCUUUUAAUUAGACGAUAUGAUUAUUUAUUUCAAGGAGAUAUAUUCAUAAAAUAUAGGGACGUAUAUCGUACAUGUGUAAAUAAAGACAUUUAUCUUGAUGAGAAAAA